GCGCGGGUAUCCAUCUCCCGACUCCACGCAAGUUGUGACCAGCGGGGGCAACGUCCGGCAAGGCGCAUCUUCACCUCCGCCGUGUGUGUUGUCCUGUGCAAGCGUAGAGCAGUGGGAGCGUCGUCGACACCGACAGAAGUUGCGCAUGUCGAUGGCCAUGUUCAGGCAGAUCGUAGCCGCGUGCACCUCGUACGUGGAGAAGAAGGUGACGCACUAUAGGAUGCCAUUGCCAGUGGCACAGGUGAUCGCUUUCGCGUUGUACAGGUGGGCGUCAGGAGAGACGUACGAGAGCGGCACGUCAGCCUUCGGCAUCGGCAGGGCAACUGGACUGCAGGCCGUCCGCAACGUCACUUCGGCGGUGCUGCAGGCGUACCCCGACGCGAUCAAGUGGCCAAUUGGGGGUAGACGUGCACAGAUUCUGCGUGCAUGCCGUGACAAGGGUUUCUCGAACUGCUUUGGCGCGAUCGACUGUACACACAUCUACAUUGACAAGUCCGCCGGCGCACCUUCGGACAACUACUACGACCGCAAACAGAAGUUCUCCGUGCAGGCGCAGGUGGUGGUGGAUUUGGAUUUGCGGAUCCUCGACGUCCACAUCGGAUACCCGGGAAGUGUGCACGAUGUUUGUGUCCUGUACAAUUCCCAGCUGUGGAGGCGUGCAGAAGCUGGCGAGCUGUUCGACGCACCUCCGGAGAAUCUGCCGCACGGUGUCGUCACGCGAGGUUACCUGCUAGGCGACAACGGUUAUCCAGUUGCCUGUCCAUGGAUCGUGCAGCCGUACGGAGGAAUCGACCAAGAUCCUGACGAGGACCGCUUCGACACGAGGCAGAAGGUGGCGCUGGGGUGUGUGGAGAGGGCAUUUGGGCGACUGAAGUGCAUAUGGUGUCUGUUCUUGCGCACCCACAAGACGAACCUGGAGACCUUGCCACAACAAUUCGUGGCCGUGUGCACUCUCCACAACAUCCUCCUCGACGCGGGGAUCGACUUCGAUGAGAACCUUUUGUGGGAGGUGGAUGAGAACGGCAUUCGGCGUAGAGUAGACUUGGGCAUUGUGGGGAACGGCGCGGGCGGGCAGCGACGGAGCACGAACGCGGGUGGAAUUGACACGUGGCCCGCGUCCAUUGGCGUCGUGCGCGAAGUCGCAGGGUCGAUUGUAUGGCGGCAUGGUUGUCGUAUGUGACUUCCUUUCUUGUUUUCGUCGUGUGGACGGUUGCGUGGUUCGUACAGUUGUACGAAC